AUGGAUCCUCCAAAACCAAGCUCAAGUCCCGACUGGUCGAAUGCUUUCGCUUUUGAACCCUCAUCCACGUCAACAACUAAGGAGAAACCUGCUCAACCCGCAGCAGUGCAUAAGUCAAGAUAUAAGAGCAAUAGCAUAUCUAAGAGUGCUGACGAAGCAAGGCUGAAGAGAAUUGAAUUAGACGCGGAAGUUAGGAGAAAACAUCGUGAGCAGCUGAUUACCGCGAAGAGGUUUAAGCAUCAAUCAGAAUCAUUAAUUACAGACGAAGAAGAAUCAGAGUUCGACCUUACCCAAAACGAUAUCAAAAAGUUACAAUCUAAUUUGGAAAGUCAUACGAGAGAUAUUCGCUUGCAAGCUCUGAAAGAUCUUAGCAAAUAUCUGGUUGAUCCUCCGGAAACCUUAAAGCAAUUAAUAAUUGAGGGAGAUUGUGUUAAGAUUCUAACUCGUUUUUUAACCGGGACGGAUCCGGAGGAACAAUUGCAGGCUAUUUCGUGUGUCACCAAUAUUGCCGCGGGACCCAAAAACAUAUGCGAAGCGGCCUUACAGACUGUACCAUAUCUAAUAUCGUUCCUUGAUGUCGACGAUUUGGUGUUACAAAACCAAGCAACGUGGGCUAUCGGCAAUUUUGCUGCCGAAGGAUCCGAAUAUCGCGACUUACUCCGCGCAAAUGGGGUGUUAAUUCCUUUGGUUCGAUUGCUUGAUUCCAAGGAUGUGAAUCUUAUUCAAACAGUCUGCUUUGCACUUUCAAAUCUUGCUCGUGGACCAGAUCCAAAACUGGAUGAAUUUUUCAAAAUAGAAACUGAUAAAGUCUUGCUAAGACAUCUGGAGAACGAUGAGAUGUCCGAGGUUGUUUCCGAAAUAUCCUGGGUGCUUGCAUACCUUACGUCCGACUCCGAUACGUACACCUCGCGCUUACUUUCAGAAGGCCUAAUCCCACGUCUUGUCAAACACAUGCGACCACUCCUCUCUCACGGUCCGCUCGCACUGCCUCUGAUUAGAACGUUAGGAAAUGUUGCUGGUGGACCAGAUGAGAACGCAGACGAGUUGAUACAGCAGGAAGAAUUUUUGAAACUUAUGAUUGAGUAUGUGCAGAGUGAGUGCAGAGCCGUUAAGAAGGAAAGCCUUUGGGUGAUGUCUAAUAUUACUGCCGCCCGUAGAUCUGAAGUGCUUGCAAAAGUGAUCUCGGUGGGCUUCAUUCCCAUAUUGUCAACAAUUGCUACACAUACCAAUUUUGAUAUACGCAAAGAGGCUGCAUACGGUUUAUUGAAUAUUGCUUCACAUGGAGAGGAGUACCUUCAGUCAUUACCUCAUCAAGACCUUCUUCCAGGCUUUCUCGAGUUUGUUCGUUCUCAGGAUACAGACUUGAUCCGUUUAGGUCUGACCUACAUCCAUUUAUUAAUAACCCAAGUACCUUCCUCACGCCAACUGCUCGAAAGCCUUAACGCCAUUGACGCAGUCGAAUCGGUGACGUUAUCUGAGGAUCAGGACUUAAAGACGAAUGCGAGUAGAUUAAUGGAUUUGUACUUUGGAGAAAAUUUUGUCGAGAUGGAAGGAAUGGAUGAAGCGAAUGAGCCAAAUGAGGAGGGAGACGUUAAUGGACAAUUGGUGGAAAAGGUAGAUGUAUAG